AUGGAGCCGAAAGUUGAAGUAGGAAAAAACUUGUUGUGCAUGGCUUGUUUGUGUGUUGAAAGAACUUUACACGAACAUAGCGAUGGGAGAUUUAAACAGUAUUAUUUAGACUGCAUUAAUGAAAUUCCUCUCUACGUAAUGCCAAGGGUAUUAAGCAUCUGCUGGGAGUGUGAAGCAAUGUUCAAGAAAGCGGUUCAAUUCAAAGAACAGGUGAAGGACUCAUACAGAAUACUCCAAACUUACACAAGUGAGAACCUUGCUGAAUGUCUGUUAUCAGACAUUUCUAGGCCGCCCAGAGGGUCGGAAUGUAUAAAAUCAGAGCCAAAGUUUGAGGCUUUAGUAAAAGAGGUCAGGAGGAGCACCAAGGUACCUGUCCUCACCCCUAACGAGGAAUCCGACUGCUUGAGAGCAGACACUCAGCGGAAUGCCAAAGAGGACCCCAUUCUAAGCCAUGAGCCUCUAGAAGAUCCCGUCUCGGAGGAAGAGGCUGGAACUAGGGAACCGCGGGCGGUGGACCCGAAACAUGAGCUGAAGGUGGAACUUGCCCUGAACGAUGCGGAAGUCGAAUCGGAGAGGGAGUGCGCUACUUCUGUCUGCUCCGAAUCCGAGCUGGAGGUGGAAACGAAGCUGCAAGAGUUCCUCGGCGCGAAGAAGAGCGGGAAGAAGAGCAAAGGCAGUUCCAAGAACGCGGUCAAGCGGAGCAGAAAGGUGUCCAAGAAGGUCCGGAAGGCGGACCCGCUGGGCGCCAAGGCCGCUGAGAGGAAGAUACUCACCGUGAAGCUCUCCUACGAGGAGAUGAUGACGGAGCGCCGGCAGGAGAGUGAGAAGGAGAUGUAUAAGAAGGCGGCCUACAAGUGCGAGAGCUGCCUGCUCUGCUUCAGCAGCGGCAAGGCGCACAGGAGCCACGUGGCCAGCAAGCACUCGCCGGAGUUGGGCAAGUACAGCUGCCCGAUCUGCAGCACCGUGAUAUCAACCGUUGAAUCCUUCACGGAGCACUGCAAGAGACACUUUCGGAGGUAUGAGUGCACGAUCUGCCUCAAACGCACCAUGGACAAGAAGACCAUAGAGCAGCACUACUUCACCACCCACGAGAUAUCGCUGAGGGAGUAUCGCUGCAACCAGUGCGGGAAGGUCUCCAACUCGAUAGACAGCCACCGCUACCACCGCGACACUCACAAGGCGCGCGUCCAGUGUCCGGACUGCGAGAAGACCUUCAGCCACCGGGCCGGACUCAUGAACCACCGCCUUGCCGUACACGAGCUCCAGAAUACGUUCCCUUGCACGGUUUGCGAUAAGGUGUUCCGUUGGCGGACCAGUCUCAAGAGGCAUCUGGAGAAACACGACCUGAAGUCGCGGGGCGGGCCGGCCGGCGGCGCGGCGUUCUGCGCCAAAUCGCGGGGCGGGCCGGCCGGCGGCGCGGCGUUCUGCGCCACGUGCGCCAUCGAGUUCUCCUCGCUGUGCUCGUACCGCCGCCACCUGCGCAACAGCCUCAAGCACGUAACGAGGGACCAGCUCAAGUUCAUCUGCGACCAUUGCAACAAGCGAUUCGCCGAUAAGACCAAGCUGAGGGACCACAUUGAGGAGAAGCACCUGCACAGGGUCUACCACUGCCAGAUCUGCAACAAGGCCACGAAGAACCGCGUGGGGCUGGACCAGCACGUGCGCUACGUGCACCGGGGCAGGCCCAACAGCAAAAUGUGCCACUACUGCGGGAAGGGAUUCCCGACAAAGGUGCAGCUUGAGUCCCACAUUCGGACCCACACCGGCGAGAGGCCCUUCAUUUGCGAGUACUGCCCAACAACGUUCUCGCAGAAGUCGAACCUCUACAAACACAACCGGCAGGUGCACCUGAACAUCAAGUCGAAACGCCACCCGCUGUGCAAGAAGAGAAGGGAAGAGAGCAAGGCCACAGAGCCUAACGCUCUUCUAGCUGCCGAGGACGUCAAGCAGCCAGAGGGCAGGGCGAUCAACUACUCGGAACAGCUGUUCGGAGAGAAGAUGAGAAAUCCCCACUUCACCGUCGACUGG